AUAUACAACAAAGCAAAACGACAAAGUUAGAAAGGAGGGCUAGGGAAGUAAAUGGGAAAUGCCACAAAGGAUACUGGAAGAGAUUCUAUUCAACGUUUACAGAGAAAAUAAAAGUAGAACGAUCCAUUCGACAGGAAAAAAAGGUGUGAGAUCGUAGAGGCACCUGAUAAUCUGGGCAAGCUGUGUGGAUCCUUCACAGGACCUUAUCAAAAAGGACACAGGUGUGAGAUCGUAGAGGCACCUGAUAAUCUGGGCAAGCUGUGUGGAUCCUUCACAGGACCUUAUCAAAAAGGACACAGGCAGUGAAGCACCUGAUACUGUAAAAUGAAAAGACUGUUAAGUACUCUUCAGAAAUGGCAUAUGCUACAUUUUCAAGGGCCCUGCAAUGCAGUAACACAGCGACAGAUGCCUCUCUUGGUAAACAAGAUAUUGCAAAGAAGCAAAGCAACAGCACUGCAAGAUGCCCAGUCCAUAAGGUCCAGGUAUCAAACAGAUCCAGUGAUUAUAGCCAGACCAACAAAGGCUGUUGUGGAUGAACAAAUCGAUAUCUGUGUGGAGAAUCUGCUACCAAACCAGGCAGUUACAUUGCAUUCCCUACAAAAGACUGAGUAUGGUCACCUGUGGGAAUCAUUCGCUCACUAUGUCAGCAGUACUGAUGGAACUGUUCAAGUUAUGAAGGAUGAGUCACUGGGAGGCUCUUACACAGGUUGUGAACCUAUGGGUUUUAUCUGGAGCAUGACACCUGACCCAGAGGAUACAAAAAAACGCAGAUUAAUGAAAACAGACGCCUCUAUACCAGACAUUGUAAAAGUCUCAGUAGUUGAUGGACACAUCCUUGAAAGGGCUGCAGUGAAAUUAAUACUGGCAGACACAGAAGUGGAACGCUGGCACAUGGCACCAGGGGUCAGAAAAGUAAAAGUUCGCCAGAAUGGAAUUGUUGGAAAUCUCUUCCUUCCACCAGGUCCUGGUCCAUUUCCUGGCAUAAUAGACCUUUUGGGAGCUACUGGGGCUGCUGACUUACGAGCUGGUCCCCUGGCAUCUCAUGGAUUUGCUACACUACAAUUGGCAUAUAUUAGCCAUGCAGAGCUCCCAUAUCCAACUGGAUAUUUUGGUCUGACAAAUGACUACUUUGAGGAAGCUUACAAUUUCCUAAACAGUCACCCAGAAGUAGCCAAAGAUAGAAUUGGCAUCGUUGGAUUAUGUUUUGGACAAUAUUUCACAAUAAAAAUGGCUACAGAGAUUCCAAAAAUAAAUCCCAGGUGUCUGGUCGGUGUAAGUGGAGGUCACUUUAGUAUGAUGAAGAAUGAGACUGGAUUUGCUCAUCAUUGUCUAAUUGAAUAUAAUGCUAAGAAGCCGUUCGAUACAAAUAUUCCAGUGUCAACAAAACAUUUCUUACUGCCUAUUCUUGAUAAGCCUGACAGGAUACUUCAGGUUGGAAAAAUCCGAUGUCCACUACUACUGAUUGCAGGAGAAGAUGACCAGAGCUUUCCAGCUGUAGAAGCAGCAGCUGAUAUUGAAAGGAAGAUGAAGGAAGCUGGUAACAACCACUUGCUGACAAAGAUCUCCUACCCAGGUGCUGGACAUAUAAUAGAGCCUCCAUUUUUCCCACUAAACAAAUCAUCCAAAAUUCAAAUACCCACUAUGAAAACCAAAUUUUAUCAGUUGUGGGGAGGUGAGCCCAAAGCCCAUGCUUAUGCUCAAGAAGACUCCUGGAAACGCAUCCUGGAAUUUCUAAAACAGCAUCUUGCAGUGAACUAAUACAAGCCUACAGCAAUACAAAUGAGAGUCUUUGUAAUUCCUACAAUAUACCUGCAUAAUCAUGGGACUAUUAAGUUUUUAUAGGAAAAUUAACUGCAGCUUCAUGUACAGUAUAUUAUAUAAUGAAUGUAAUAGACAAUCAUACCUGUUAUUAAUGUAAUAAGCUAUGAUUUCUAAAGGAUUUAGUUAAUUGUACAUAUUAGCCAUUAUGAUGCAAACUGUAUAUAUAGAUAUAGAUAUAUAUAUAUCUAUGUGUGUGUGUGUGU